CAGCAGCCGCUCUUCGAAAACAUUCAAACCAAAGAAGAACAUUCCUGAAGGCUCCCAUCAGUAUGAACUCUUAAAACAUGCAGAAGCCACUCUGGGAAGUGGCAAUCUGAGGCAAGCUGUCAUGUUACCAGAGGGAGAGGACCUCAAUGAGUGGAUUGCUGUUAACACUGUGGAUUUCUUCAAUCAGAUCAACAUGUUGUAUGGAACCAUUACAGAAUUCUGCACUGAGGCAAGCUGCCCAGUCAUGUCUGCAGGUCCCAGGUAUGAAUACCAUUGGGCAGAUGGCACUAAUAUUAAAAAGCCAAUCAAGUGUUCUGCACCAAAAUAUAUCGACUAUUUGAUGACUUGGGUUCAGGAUCAGCUUGAUGACGAAACCCUUUUCCCUUCAAAGAUCGGUGUCCCAUUUCCCAAAAACUUUAUGUCUGUGGCAAAGACUAUUCUGAAGCGUCUCUUCAGGGUUUACGCCCAUAUUUACCACCAGCACUUUGACUCCGUGAUGCAGCUGCAAGAGGAGGCCCACCUCAACACCUCCUUUAAGCACUUUAUUUUCUUUGUUCAGGAGUUUAAUCUGAUUGAUAGGCGUGAAUUGGCACCACUUCAGGAAUUAAUUGAGAAGCUUGGAUCUAAAGACAGAUAAAUGUUUCUUCUAGAACACAGUUACCCUCUCAGCUCUAUCUACUGCUAGCACUCUCUCAUUGCUGUCUGGUAUGGACUAGUGAUACUGACUAUAAGAAAACAGGAUCAAAAGACCCAUUUUGUUGUCUGCAGAGAAAAUUGUCCCAAAGGUAGGUUGGCCGGAAAGCUUCAGAACAAGACCUAUAUAGCACAGCCAAGUCAGAGGUGCUGUGUGGCCACCCCUGUCCUGUCACUGUCCUUUGUUGCAACCUUAUGACUAACCUGUAGUUUGUUGCUGAUCUUUUGCUCAAGAAAGUGAUUGAGUUUUUCCAUGUGACAGCAUAAUGGACAUAAAGAAUUUUCAGCUGCAACUUACUAGUUUCUAGAACAAAUUUCUUAACACAGAUCAGUUUUGCUUCAUUUUACAAAUUGAAAUGUUGUUCCAUUUCUAAUCCCAGCAUUUAGAGCUUCUGGUUCACCUUAAAUAGCCUUUUAGGCUCCAGUCUGUCUACGUGCUGGUGUUUAUAGAUAAGAGUAUAUAUAUUUUUUAGCCAAGCGUGAUGGUUUAUAUCUGUUACCUGACACUGUGGAGACGGAGGCAGAAAGAUAGCACAUUGGAAGCUAGCCUGGGCUACAUGGUGAACUUGUUGCUGAAAAAGUUUGUUUUGCAAAAUCCACAAGGCUUAAAUCACAGGCAUAUAUGGCAUGAGGUUAACCAAAGUUAUUUUAAGUGACUUUUUAAAACUUUUUUGGGAUUGUGUCUUGUCUGUCUAGAUGAAGAUGGAUGGAUACAGUAGUAGAAGUCUUUGUGUCUUCUGAUGGCAGACUUGCAGGUUCUCCUUUUGAAAUUCUUCACUUAGAUUUUGGCAGAGAUCAAGAACUCCAAAAAACUGUGACAGACUCAGGCCUCCAAGCCACUGUUUCCAUUAUGAUUCCUGAGGCCUUGCAGUUCUGGAGGGGACAGUAGAAAAGAGUAUUUAGAAUACUUGAUUAUUUCCUAUAUGAUUCCAUGUUUUUAUUGCAACUUGAAACCUAAUGUUUAUGUGUAGAAAUGCAGACUUUAUGGCAAUAAGAAAAAAAGGAGCUUGAGGGUGUGUGUAACUGCCCAAGGUCUCCCUGCGGCCUUUUAGAGGGAGAGCUGGAGAUCCAGCAAGGGGAGUGAGUUAACAGCCACCUUGCUUCAUCCUGUUACUACACAGAAGCUGCAUUGAUCUUCAGGGGCUCUCUUCUGCUUUGUCUUUGUAUCAAAACUUGAAGAUUUCCUCAUGCUAUCAGGAUUAAGAGACUCCUUUAUUGAGGAAGGUGCCUGCUUUUCAUUUGAUCCUCAGAUCUAGUCAGUUCUGGCUGCCUCCUCAGGUGUACAUGGCAUCCUAAGUAUCCUGGAUACUUGCCUGAUGGGCAGUACUGUAGUUUAUCAGCAUUCUGUGCAUCAGAGCUGGGACUUGCACAGUGCUCACUGGCUGCCUAUGUGGCUUUAUAAAGGUUAGAGCUGAUGAGGUUGUUGUAUUUUUGAUUCCACUAAACUAUAGAAGAAAGAAUUCCUUAGAAACUCCAGUUUUAAUAACUCAUUUUUAGUAUGUUUUUAAAUAUACUUAGAACUGUUUUGUCUUUCUUUUGCUGAAACUACACAUCACUGUUAGAGGAAUUCAAGGUGGGCUAAUGGCUUAGAGAAAAAAGGACAGCUUGGAAACACAUUUUAACCCAGGUGUAUGCAAAGGUCCAGAUGUCAGCUGUUGUGCAAGUGUAUGACAGUCAUCUGCAGAUAGGAAGCGGGCUUCUAGAUGCCACCAAGAAAUCAUCACCCCUCAACCACAUACUCUUGUUUGAUUUGCUUUGAUUUGCAUAAGUGAAAUUCUUUCUCAACCAGGGCUCAAUCAUUUUUAUGAUAUCUCACACUCUCAAAUCAAAUAUUUCUCUUUCCUUUGCAUGUAUUUCACUGACAAAAAUGCCCUCUCUCUGACUGAGCUCCAUAUGGGUAGAUGCUAAGAUACGGAGGCAGCUCUAAUGGGACAUAAAAAAAAAAACAAAAAACAACCUUGUUUGUAUUUUGAAACUUGAGUGCGUGUGCGUGUGCGUGUCCCAUCCUCCUAUUUUUCCUUCUUUUAAAAUGAAAACAGUGCCAGACUCCCAAAUUGACCGGCUUUAACCAGCAGAGUACACACACUGUGCUGUUUGCUCACCUCUGAGGCAGAGCAUGGCUAGAGGGCACUACAUAACAUCAGAAGUAAUGUCUGUCCUGGGUUUAUCUGCCUAUUCCCUGCCAUCCCCCACCCCCCUGGUAGGAAUCAGCUAUCCUGUCUGAUUUGUUGCAGUGGCUUCCAGGUGCCUGGUGAAUUCCACUUUAGCCCUGUGGUGCUUUAACUUCCAGGACUUUAAAAAACUUGGACAAUGAUAGAUUUAAAAAAACAGUCAUACUUCAUUGUGAUCCAGUUUUUAUGUUAACAGCCACUAUGCUAUUGUUCUGACUUACCAGCAACCAGUUGGCCAAAGGGUUCUUUUACCCUGGUGUGCAGAGCUCUAGUUCACACGACUACUCACUGGAGAACUGCAGGUCUGUUCUUCAUGACUUGAAGCAAAGGUACAGGCACAGUCCUGGUGGUGAGGUUUCCUGUUUGUAUUCUUGGCUUCUCGCUAAGCCCUAAGACCAUAUAGUAGUAGAGCUUCUCAGAAUGACGUCAUUACCUCAGAAGUAUAAACAAAUCAGGCUCGAAGAUCAUGGGUCCUCCAAGUGUGUUUCCAGUCAUGGUGCCAGGGCUCCUCUUCUCUCUGGGAGCUAUCCCAUCAGUAUGGAGGCCUGGCCUGAACAGUGCCAGCCUAGAUAUGAGCUGCUGAGUACUUUCCACAGUCAUGUUCUUUCCUCCUGGGGUCAGUGAACGUUCUGUCAAAGAAGGAGAGGAGUCUUUUGGUCUUCCUGUUUUUAUAUUAAACUUUGAUGCUGGGCUCUGAGGGACUUUGGAGCACAUGUGGGUAGCAUCAGUGAUUUUAUUGAAGCAGCUGCAUUGGAAUUCUCACAGUUUUCUCAUCAGAGUGUAUCAGACAAGUAAAGCCAAACGGAUGGCUAGUGUGCUAUGGGCUGGUUAUAGAACAGCAUCCUGUGUUGGUCUGCAUCAAAAAUCAUUUGCAUAAGUUAGUCUUGGUUACCAUCUAAAAUAACUUAAAAUAUUCCUCAUGGAAAGAAAUUUAUGUUGUAUUUUUAAAACUUUAGGGCUUUAUUCUAUUUUUCUAAGUCGUUAACUGUACUUUUUAAAAAAGUAUUUUGUAUCUACUUUUGUAACUUCAUCAGAAUAAACUAUAUUGAAAGCAAAAAUGGC